GGGAACGGAAGGACUCGGAGGCGAGCUGAUCCUUUGCUCAAACAAAAAGUGUGCUUUACUAAUCUGGUGAGAGGAGGGAACAAAUAGAUAUUAAAAUUCAAAAUGAGCAUAUUGCCCCCCGUUCAAAUACAAUGCCCCAAAGAGCAUCCAGAUACGGAAGAGGUAAGAUGCCCUUCGCCAGCCUUUGCAAGGAUGCAUUUGAUCAAAGGCAAAGAUGCGAUAGAUCGUUAUUUGGCCAUGCAUAUCAAAGGAUUGUCAAAACAAGAGGCUGCUGCUUACCGGAAUUCGUACAAGAAGAACAUCUGCAUAGACAUGCUGCGGCAGGGUUAUCACAAGUCUUUUGCUGAGCUCUUUACUCUGAUAGAGAAGUGGAAUGCCUUGAGGGAGGCUUCAGGGCCUGGGUCAGCCAUAUGGCUGCAGAAGUCCCUAGAGGAGCAGCCUGAGAAACUGGAUCAGCUUCACUUCUUCCUGACCAGUGCUGAGGCAGCCCAGCGAUCAGAAUACUAUGAAGAGAUGUAUUUGAACCAACUCAGUUUGGCCUAUUGCUUCAACAAAUCUGAAGACAGAUGGCUAAGGAAUUACUUCUAUGAACAAUGCUACAAAACUGCUCAACUAAUUAAAAUUGAUGGUGGGAGGAAAGAAGCUGAAGCACAUUCAAAUAUGGGCUUGGUGUGUGAGGAACAAGGUCAGUUCCUGAAAGCUGCAGAACAUUAUGAAGCAUUCUAUCACUUGACAGUGGGGCGAAUAUGGAAAGAUGAGACAGGCCGGACUCUUAAUACGUUAGCCUGUGAGCAUCUCUGGAGGAUUUACACAUUACUAGCAGACAAAAUGCUACAAAAUAAAGAACACCAACAGGCCAUCAAAACUCUAAUAAAAGCUUUUGAAAUGGCAAAAGAAGCGGACAACAAGAAUAUGGAGGCAGAAGCUGCCUUCUGUUUGGGUCUGGCAUAUCAUUCAGCUGGAGAGGAAGAUACAGCAAUAUUGAAGCUAAAUGCUUUCCUGGAAUUAUCCAAAAUAUUGGGAGACUAUGGUGGCAUAGGCAGAGCAUAUGAAGCUUUAGCCCAAGUCCUGGUAAGUCUUGGGGAAGUGGAUGAAGCUAUUACAUACUUGGAGAAGUUUUUGAAUAUUGCCAGGAAAGUUCAACUGACACAUAACUUAGUGGAUGCAUGUACAUUCCUUGGAAACAUUUACAAUGAAAGAGGGAACUACUCCAAAGCUUGUGAAUAUUUUGAUCAAGCAUUUUGUGCAGCAAAUGUUCUUGCUGAUUUGCCUCUAGUGAAUGAAACAAAGGUAUAUUGUGGCAUUGGGAAAGCUCAUAACAUGAUGGUGAAAGUUAACAGUCAUACAGGAGCUGCAGAUCACGUCGGCAUCAUAUACCUGCUGGCCUGGAAGGAGAAUAGAAACGACAUGUGCACUGACCCUUUUACAGUUGGGCAGUCAGGUACAGUUGCUCUUCCAGAUAUAAGCACUGAUGCCAAGGAAGAAGAACCAGUUAUACAAAUAUCAUGAACGAUUUCUGCUUUUGAAGAAACCAUGUGGAUAGGCCAUCCAGUAAAAAGCGCAACAGGGUUUGGAUUGCAUAAAUCUGAAAACAAGCAGAAAUCUAAAGAAGAGACUUCAAGAGAUGCUUGGCAUUGGAGAAGCAGCCAGACUAAGGAGGAGGUGGAGGAGGCGGAGGUGACAGCAGUCAAAUCCCAAGUGCUCAAAGGCCUUGUCCAAGGGCUUGCACCCAUUCUGCUCAGCAGCCACUUUGCCCAGCCUUGGAGAAUGAGAAGGAAGCUCCUCCAGCAGCAACAUAGCAAGUGCCACCCCAUAUGUUAUCUUACCAUAUGUCUCUCGAUUUUGCCUCCUGAGAGAUAGGACCAAAAUAAAUUAGAAAACAAAUUUUGUAACAAAGAAUUAUUUGAAGAGAAACAGUCUCAUGUAGUCACAAAAGUAGAACUACUGGCAUAUUUGGAUAUGAACUUAAAUGUUAUAAUAUUGAAAACAUUGAAACCUGUAGUAAUGUGUUACUAUUAAACAUGUAAUAUAUUCAUCACUGUCAAAAUUAUUCCCAUUUAAAUAAUAAACAUAUAUAUGGUGGUGGUGGAAAGUGC